UGGACAGCAACCGCUUCCACGCCAAACCGACCGCUGCAGUUGAACAUUCGUUGACAUUAUAUACCAAGUGCUUGCUGAGAUCUGCAUUUUUUUUCACUCCAUGAUUCUCAUGCGCUGGCCACUAUGACCCAAAACAUGGAAACGUUUGGCGCCCGCCUUGCCAGCUUCGACCGGGUGCUGCAACCAGAGAAGCGACGAGGAUCGAGCGCGAAGGCCGCAAAAUCGAUCGCCUGGCCUCAUCGGAGGCCGUCGCCCGCCGAGGUAGGACCUCACAAGGGAAAUUGUAAAAUAUCGCAGCUAAUUGUUGACUAUCACAGUUGGCGCAUGCGGGUUUCUUUUAUAAUCCUUACGAGACCAACCCCGAUAAUACAACAUGUUUCCUGUGUCGGCGAGCGCUCGACGGAUGGGAGGAAGAAGACAAUCCGAUCACAGAACAUUUGAAGCACUCUCCAGACUGUGGGUGGGCGCUCAUGAUGGACAUCCAGCAACACAGUUCCAACCCCGCAGAAAUUGAAGACCCAACAAGCGAAACGAUAAGACAGGCACGAUUGGCUACAUUUGGUGAGCUAUGGCCACAUGAUGGGAAACGGGGAUGGGUCUGUCAAUCUGAAAAGAUGGUUGACGGCGGGUGGUAUUUUUGCCCGACCGAGGAGAGCGACGAUUUGGCCAGCUGUGCCUACUGUAAACUGUCCCUUGAUGGAUGGGAACCUAAGGACGAUCCCUUUGAUGAACAUUAUCGCCGCUCAUCGGACUGUUCUUUCUUUGUCUUUGCACAAUUAGGCGGGAAAAAGAAAGGAUCGCGGUCGAAGAAAGCGCGCACCUCCAAGGUUUCUCGACAGUCAACCCAAUCCACUAUCUCCGAAGCGCCCGUGUCGGACGUGGACGUGAUCGACCCCCCUGCCAUAUCCCAAUCAACUACGAAACCCAAAACCACGAAGAAGUCGUCCAAAUCCAAGACAAAGACAUCCAAGUCAAAGAAAACCGAAGCUGAACCGAUCCCUACCGAGAUGGAGAUUGACGAUAGUGAACAAGUUGAUCCCGAAGCCCCCCAACCCAAGCGAGCUACGCGAGGCAAAAAGAGGGCUAGUGGUGAAGUCGAUCCCGAUCAAGAGGAACUAGGUGUCGCCAAUACCCAAGAAGUCGAGCAUUCCGAAGCCCCGACGAAAAAGAAGGCCAAAAAAUCGCGCGAGAGCGUUCAGAAGAAUGAGCAAGAUGAUGUCGUGAUUGCCGAGGCGCACCAGGAGGAUGUUGCCCACGAACCUCAGGAACCCCAGGAACAAGAAGAGCCUAAAAAGGCUCGCGGUACGAGCAAGAAGAAGACAUCAGCCAAGUCGCGUAAAGCAUCGAGUGCGUCAUCUACGGCUAAACCGUCUGUGCAACCCGAAGAACCUCAAGAGGUGGACAUGUACGCAGCCCUUGAGGCAGAGCUUGACAAUCCUGAACCGGUGCAGCCCACCGAAGAGGUGGAACAAAAACCUGCGAAGAAGUCUAAGUCCAAGAAAAAGAAGAAGGAUGCGUCCCCAGAACCCUCAGUUGAAGAUGUACCCCAAGUGGAAGAAUCGCAUCCGGAUGUCCCUCAAGAGACUGAACCGACCGAGCCUCCCGCCCCAGAAGAGCCCGCUCAACCAAACACGAAGCGAGAAUCAACAAAGCGAGAGAAAUCAAGAGGCCGAAGCAGCACUAAGCGAGUAAUCGAAGAACCGACAGAACCGACGAGGCCUACUGAACCCGCUCCUCAGCCUGCUUUUGAUAGGGACGAUGGCACAGAUAUAGACGUCUCCCGGCAUGAAUCCUUCGUCUCGGUGGAAAUUCCGAACAGGCUACCAGAACAAGAUCCUCCGGCCGACUCCAGUGACAAGGCCACGAAGAAGAAACAGAAGCAAAAGCCUUCGUUAGACAAGACCAAAAAACGGAAGAAAACGUCGAAAACGGCCCCUGAGCCAGUCCAGUCGAUCGAGGAGCCCAUUGAAGAGUCCAACCUCGAAGAACAGGUCCAACCACAAGAUAUCCCGAAGCCUCAAGAGUCCCCGGAAGUCCAAAAACAAGAGCCUGAUCCACAGCCAACUCGACGCAGAUCUUCCAGGGUGCCUCCUAAGACAGCCGAGCGAUACAGUGAUAUCCCGGAGGAAAAGCAGCUUGCUAAGUCGCUUGCGGGAUCACGCAGUUCCGAUGCCCGUGCCGCUCUGGAAGAAGAUGAACAGAGAGAUGAGCCCGAAGCUGUUUCGCCCAUUCCGUCUGCUUCGAAGAGCAGCCCGUCUCCAUCACCGCAAUCAUCCGACGCCGAAAACCGCCCACCAUCCAUGAAACCCUCUGCAUCCCGGCCUGUUGCGGCGUCAUCGUCCAAACAACCAACUCUUCGAGUUCCAUUGGCACCGAGCACGCCUUCUCCAUCGAAGCGCACUGCUAACACGGGAGGCCUCAAUACUUCCUGCCCCUGGAAACCGGUCGACAUCGACGAGAUCCUGUUGGCCGGCAACAGCGAUAAGGAGAACGUCGAUAUCACCACUGCUCUCAGCAGCGUGAAAGGGGAUUUGACAAGCCCGGAAAAGAAGAUGACCGUGGAGCAGUGGAUCACAUGGAAUGCGAAGAAUGGAGAGGAGAGAUUGCGGCGGGAGUGUGAGCGAAUUGUUGGCCAAUUUGAGAAGGAAGGGGCACGCGCAAUGCGUGUCUUGGAGGGUAUUGAAUGCACGGAUUAGGGUUUGGUUUUCACGUUUCUCGGAUUGGCAGGGUAUGGGACAUGGGUGGACGGCGUUGGAUAAGUCUUUGAUAUUGGUGCUUUACAACAUCUGGAGUACAAUCUUUUGCCGAAAUGGUAGUACAU